AUGCUUGAUUCAGUAGAAGUGUACGACCCGGAGUCAAAUUCCUGGGAAGAACUGAGCGAAGGUCUGAAUACACCCACUAUGGGCGUGGGAGCGAGCUCAUACAAAGGAAAGUUGUGGGUAUGUGGAGGUAUGGUUCAAGACAUGAAUGGGAAGAUAUGCGUCGUUAAAGAAGUCCAAUGCUACGAUCCCAAAAUAAAAGAGUGGAGUUAUGGAGUGAAGCAGCUGCCUUGCCCUCGCUCCUUUGCAACCGCCGUGCGAUGCAAGAACCUUCUGUUCCUUGUAGGUGGAACAUCUUAUAAAAACGCAGAAUGGGACUCAGAAGAGAUGAAGAGUCUGUGCGAUGUCAUCUGCUAUGACGACGCGCGACGAACGUGGUGCUCAUCUACACCCCUGCCUUAUCCGCGCCAUUUUGUGGGAGCAGCUGUGAUUGGCAAGACCUUCUACGUCCUUGGCGGUUUGACAUCAUUCCAAAGGGACUUCAUCGAUGACGUCAUCGUCCACGACGAAAGUAACGGCACCUGGCACGAAUGUGCUCCCCUUCCAAUCCCACUCUGUGGUUUCUCAGCUACCUCUGUUCCAAACGUAAUAUAGAAUAAGUUUUGAUCGAAUAACAGUUAAUACUUAGCAUGAAAAGUACUCGUAAAAUCUGAAAUAAUAAAAGCUGAAUAAAAUGUACCUUCCUUGUACGUGUGCU